AUGCUAUCCCUUAGUAGUUUAUCUGCCCUCUGUGCCCUCGCUGUGGCAGCGCUAGCUGUCAAUCCCGCCCCUCCGACCCUAACCUACCUCUUCAGCGUUAAUCUGACCUUCGCAGAGCCCAUUUCCAUCGGUUCUGUCCCCUACGGCACAAGGGAUCUCUUGACAAUCUCGGGCGGGAAUGCUGUAGGCCCGAAGAUCAGUGGGACAGUUGGAAAGGGUCUCGACUGGGGCCUGACCUCACGCCAGGGUGUGUUCAGCCCAGACGCCCUCUACUCGUUGCACACCGAUGACAACGCCACGAUCUUGAUCUUCGAGAAGGGACACGCGCCUCAUGUGCACAUCCUGUUCGAGACGGCGAGCCCAAAGUACGAGUGGUUGAACUCGGCUGUUGCGUAUGCCACUGGAGGACCAAAUGAGGUUGGGGUUGGGUUGGAUGUUUGGCAGUAA